AACAGAAUGGCGCAGAACAACGUGGGCAAGUGGCUCGUCGGCGGCUUUGUCACCGUCACGGCGGCGACGAUCGGGUAUCUGCACGUGUAUCUCCCCAACUUUACGGACCUCGGGCAGCAAGUCCAUGAGCGCGCGGCGUCAAGCCAAGCAAGCGGCACUGAGUCGCCAGUGGCUGGGUCCAUGUGGAAGAACUUGAAUCGACAGGUGAAGAGCGGAAUCAAUCCACAAGACGUCGCAAAAUAGAGUUGGGUUUCUUCUUUUUACUCUUUGGUCGUUCUCCCUCGACUAAUACCAGAGAUGAAUCGAUCCGAUCGCUUUUGAUCGGUCGAGGUCUGCGCGGACAUCGUCGUGGUUGUGG